GCGUCCCUCUUGUCCUCGUACACCGACGUGUCAGUCUUCUUGUGUCCAGAGCUGAGCAGCAGCCACACCGGUCAAUCCGCAGACAUGGCUCCCAAAGGCAGCAACAAGCAGCAGUCAGAGGAAGACCUUCUCCUCCAGGACUUCAGCAGAAACCUUUCAGCAAAGUCCACCGCUCUCUUUUACGGAAAUGCACUUAUCGUCUCUGCCAUCCCCAUCUGGCUGUUUUGGAGGAUUUGGCACAUGGACCUUGUCCAGUCAGCAGUUUUGUACGCUGUGAUGACUCUGGUCAGCACCUACCUGGUGGCCUUUGCCUACAAGAACGUCAAGUUUGUUCUCAAACACAAAGUUGCCCAGAAACGUGAGGAUGCUGUUUCCAAGGAGGUAACCAGGAAGUUGUCUGAGGCAGACAACCGCAAGAUGUCCCGCAAGGAGAAAGACGAGAGGAUCCUGUGGAAGAAGAAUGAGGUCGCCGACUACGAGGCCACCACCUUCUCCAUCUUCUACAACAACACACUCUUUCUUGUCCUCGUCAUUAUCGCCUCCUUCUUCUUGCUGAAGAACUUCAACCCCACUGUCAACUACAUUCUGUCCAUCAGUGCUUCCUCGGGACUCAUCGCCCUGCUGUCCACAGGCUCCAAAUAAGGAGAAAGAUGGAGGAACGAAGGGGGGAUUGGGGGGGAGGAGACAAUUGGGUUAUACUUAAAUAAGAUGGGUAUACACUAUAUUGUUGUUUUUCACUUAAGUCAGGUUGGGGGGGGGGGGGGGGGGGG